GAACAAAAAGGAAGUUGACAUGUCACAGGCAACUCUUUACACUAUGACUUUGUGGAUAGUUCUCAGCCUGUUAGCUUGGUUCCCCUUACAAGAGGCUUCUUUGACUACUCACACAGAAACUCUCAUAGUGGAAGAAGGCCAGAUGCUCACUCUAAAAUGUGUCAUUUCUCAAGCUAAGGAGUCAUCUCUCCAGUGGGUAUCUCCCUCUGGGUUUACCAUUUUUUUUGACAAGCAUCCUGUUUUAAAAAAUCAAAAAUACCAGCUGUUAAAUCACUCCAAUGAUCAACUCACCAUCAGCAUAUCGAAUGUAACUCUUCAUGAUGAAGGCGUAUACAAAUGUCUACAUUAUAGCAAACCAGUGAGAACUAAGGAAGUGAAUGUAAUUAUAUUGGCAACUCCUUCCAAGCCAACAGUGGAAGCAUCCACCAUCAGAACUCCCAAUGGGAGAGAGGUGCUGCUAAAAUGUUUCACAAAAGGAAGCAAGCCCCCUCCACAGAUAACCUGGCUUUUGAGCAAUGGCAUUGAACUUUAUGGUGAAACUCAGCAUACAUUUGAAUACAAUGGAAAGAAGUGUAAUACAACAAGCACACUUAGAGUUCACGCAUAUGGGGAAAAUGCAACAGCUAACUGCCUUGUCCGACAUGAAGGCCUACGAGGGGAAAAAUUAGUGGUUCCAUUUCGAUUUGAAGAUUUAGAUCCAGAUUCAGAUUCAGAUAGGAUGGAGCACAGCACAUUGCCCUUUCAGUCCUCUCAGUAUUCCACUGAAUUUGUAAUGGAAGAGUUCAGUUCUGUGGAUAUUGGUACAACAGGGCAUGAACAAACUAGUCACAAAUAUAACUCCAUCUCUGAAGAAAAUCCAACCUCUGUAGAAAUCACAAAGAAGAAACAUGGAAUUCUGUUGCUCACUCUUGUAUCUUUCCUCAUUUUGUUCCUCUUCAUCGUAGUACAACUUUUUAUAAUGAAGCUAUGGAAAGCACAUGUGAUAUGGAAAAAAGAAAAUGACAUUUCAGAAAUGACACUGGAGAGUUAUAAAUCUAGGUCAAAUAAUGAUGACACAGCAUCCCAGGAGAAGAAUGACCAAAUUUUCGGUCACAAGUGUGGUAUGAAAUAUAUUAUAACAUCAUAUAUGGAAAGAAAAUCUAAGAAUCCAAAAGAAAAUAUACAGAAUGCUACACUGAAGCAAGAACCAAAUCAUCUACCAGAAACUAUUGUAUAAUGCUUGAUAUCACGUUAAAGUAACACAACAGGGUAAAUGAGGGUAUCAUAACUGACACUUAAAAAGAAAAUGAGCAAUAACUUAUCCAAAGAACCAAAGAGCUCAUUUUGACCUCCGUGGAACAGACUGUACAGGACAUUAAUACUGUUGUACUCAAACGGUGCAGUAUAAGCAGUAUCCCAUUAAGAAGAUCUGAUCCAAAUCAGAGCAGCAAACUAUGGAUAUAAAUGGGUUUUUAUUUACCUACUUCUAUGCCAAACACUACUUCAGAGUAAGAAGAGUCUACUGAGGCUUGUGGAUCAGAGUCAAAGUGACCAACUGACUUAUGGUGCACAGCAAAAUUUUUCAGAUUACAAGUUUGGACAACUUUAUUUUUAUUGGGAAAUUACUUUUUUCAAUUCUUUAACAUUUUUAUUUAAAGUUUUGAGUUUCAAAUUCUAUCCUUCCCUCCUUCUUCCCCUCCCUGAAGUAAUAAACAAUCAGAUAUAGGUUAUAAUGUGCACUUACAUAAAACAUUUCUGCCAGUCUUUUUGUAUAAAAAGAGUUGAAUAAAAGGAAAAAUGAAAGCAAGCAAGUGAAAAAUAGCAUGCUUUAAUCUGUAUUCAAAUAAUAUCACUUCUUUCUCUGGAGGACAACUUUAUAAGCAUAUACCUUGGGGUAGCUAGGUGGUGCACUGGAUAGAGCACUGGCCCUGGAUUCAAAAUAAUAUGAUUUCAAACCCAGUGUCAGAAACUUGACACUUAUAAGCUGUAUGACCCUGAUUACCUUGCAAAAAAAGUAUAUAUUUUUCCAUAUGGAGAAUGGAUUCAUAAACUCCCUCAUCUGAAUCAGAUGGAAAAGUAAAAAGGGGAAAUCCUGAAAUGGUCUCAGGAUAAAAUUUGGGGUGAAAAAGACUAAAAGAAUAUCAUGUUUAAAAAUUCUCUGAAAAAUAAUCAAAUUUCAAUGUGGAAGGUAUACAGAGACUCCUCGACAUUUGACACCACCCUCUUCUUCCCUGGAUUUGAAAAAGCAAAGGUGGGUCUUUGCUAAAUAACAUGUUGUUCUGGUGUGGACAGUUUUUAACCAUAGAUGCCUUGAACACAUUUACAAAAUUAAAAGUGUAAUCAUUUUCCUCACUGUUGUGUGCAUGUAACACAUGCUCUGUACUUAACUUUCCCCACCUUUAUUGUACUGACAGACUGGGACCUUACAGCAAUAAUACUCCUCCUUUUAGUAUCUGUGGGAAGCCCUAAAGGGUUGGGAAAGGGAAAUAAUUUUUCUAAUUCUAUAGAUCAUGAGUCCCCACCCAUUAUGCUUUUUUUCUUGAUUAUCAGUUAAUCUUAAUAAGCCAAUCUUAA